AUUCCGUUACUUAAAUAGACCCUCCGCUCCUCAUCAUCACCAUCAUCCCAAUAAUUAAUAUCCACAAUCACUGCAACUCUAGCUCUAACUAAUUACUUCAAAACUAAAACCCCACUCUCUCUCUCUCUCUCUCUAAAACCAUUUCCAAUACAAGAAAUCUAGGGUUUCUAGUUUCUACUAAAAACCAUCACUCAGUCAGCCAUGGCCAUUGUCAGCAAAGGAAGAGGAAAAGCUUAUGGUGAAGAAGCAGAAGAAGAAGAAGGUGAACUCGUGAGUCGCGAAGCCAUUGACGAAGACGACGAAGACGAAGACGAAGAAGAGCUAGGUCAGGAUGAGUAUGAGAAGGAUGGGUUUAUAGUAGAUGAAGUGGAGGAAGAUCCCGAAGAAGAAGAAGUAGAAGAACGUGUUGAGCAAGAAAAGCAAAAGAGGAAAAAGAGAAGGAAAUCCUGGAAGUUUGAUUAUGUUGAUGAAGACGAUUAUGAGUUGCUUGAAGAGCACGGUAUUCACCAACGGCGACCGAAAUUCAAGCGGCUCAAAAAAGCUAGGAACGAUUUUGACAUACAGGAGGAGCACACAGAGCUUUCAGAUGAAGAGGGACCGCAACUUGAGGAUUUUGCUGAAGAGGAUGCGGAUGUGCUUGAAGAGAAUGAGAUGGCGGAUUUUAUUGUUAGUGAUGAAGAUGAUGGAAUUGUUAUUGGUGGAGCUUCAAUCAGACCAAGGAAGUCAAGGAAGAAGAAGUUAGGGGAGAUUGCUGGUGUUUCAACUGCUGCAAUGGAGGAAGCACGUGACAUAUUUGGUGAUGUUGAUGAACUUUUGAGACUCCGCAAAAAAAGUCUAGCUGAGAGUGCCAGAUCUCGUGACUCUGCUGAGUUGCAGGGAAAGAGACUUGAAGAUGAGUUUGACCCCAUUAUUCUCAAAGAGAAGUAUCUGACAGAGAAGGACGAUAGAAUUUGCAAGAUUGACGUGCCAGAGAGGAUACAGAUAUCUGAGGAAAAAACUAAGCCAUGUCUUGAUGAAGAAAGUAUAGAAGAAGAAAGUUCUUGGAUACUAGGUCAACUUCCAACAAAUAUGAUACCAUUCUGGUUCUUGAAGAGAGUUACAGAGGAAACUAAUAAAGGGACUAGCGAAGAAUCUAAUGCCUUAAAAUAUUUUAAGGCAGAUAUCUUAAGGUUCUUAAAGUUGCAUCAUGUGGAGAAGUAUGAUAUUCCUUUUAUUGCUAUAUAUCGGAAGGAGCAGUGCCUAAGUCUAUUGAAAGAUCCAGAGGAAGGUGAAAUGGAAAACAAUGAAGGGGAAGAGAUAGAGGGAGUGCCAAAAAUGAAGUGGCAUAAGGUACUAUGGGCCAUCAAGGACUUGGACACAAAGUGGUUACUUCUGCAAAGGCGGAAGCGUGCUCUCUAUUCUAACUACAACCUGCGUUAUGAAGAAGAAGUUCACAGAAUUUAUGAUGAAGCAAGGCUUAAUCUGAAUAAGAAAAUCUUCAAAUCAAUUUUGACAUCUAUAUGGAGUGCUGAAUCAGAGAGAGAAGUUGAUGAUGUUGAUAUGAAGUUUAAUUUGCAUUUCCCACCAGAUGAAGUUGAAGGGGAGUUCAAGAGACCUAAGAGGAAAUCACUAUACAGCAUGUGCUCUAAGGCUGGCCUAUGGGAGGUUGCAAGUAAAUUUGGUUGGAAUUCUGAGCAGUUUGGGUUGCAAAUCACCCUGAAAGAAGUGAUGACAGAAGCAUUGGAGGAUUUAAAGGAAACUCCUGAAGAGAUAGCUUUGAACUAUAAGUGUGAAAUGUUUAAAACUCCAGAAGAUGUUCUUAAAGGUGCUAGGCACAUGGCUGCAGUGGAGAUCAGCUUUGAGCCAUGUUUAAGGAAAUAUGUCCGUAGCUUUUUUAUGGAUAAUGCCGCUGUCUCAACAAGCCCCACCUCUGUUGGAACUAAGUUGAUAGACUCUUCCCAUCAGCUAGCAAGGGUCAAAUGGCUACAUGAGAAGCCACUGUCAAAAUUUGGGGAUGCCCAAUGGCUCCUUAUUCAGAAGGCUGAAGAAGAGAAACUUCUUCAAGUUUCUAUCACAUUACCAAAAACUCACCUAGAUAAGUUGACUAGGCAGUGCAAUGAUUAUUAUCUCAGUGAUGGUGUUAGCAAAUCUGCACGACUCUGGAAUGAACAGCGCAAGUUAAUACUACAGGAUGCCUUUUCAAAAUUUCUUCUCCCUUCAUUGGAGAAGGAAGCUCGGGUGCUUUUGACAGCCCAGGCAAAGAAAUCUCUGCUUAUGGAGUGUGGAAAGCAGUUGUGGAACAAGGCUUCUGUUGCACCAUAUCAGCGAAAGGAACAUGAUGUUGGGCUAGAUGAGGAAACUGCGCCAAGGAUAAUGGCUUGUUGUUGGGGUCCUGGAAAUCCUGCAACCACAUUUGUGAUGUUGAAUUCAUCAGGAGAGUUGCUGGAUUGGAUGUAUGCUGGGUCCCUUAGCCGACAGUCAAAGAAUGUUGGUGACUUGCAGUGCAAGAAAGAUCAAGCACAACGUCUUCUCAAGUUCAUGGCAGAUCAUCAACCUCACGUCAUUGUUCUUGGGGCUGCAAAUUUGUUUUGUAAGCGGUUGAAGGAUGAGAUAUAUGAGAUCAUAUAUAACAUGGUGGAGGAAUAUCCUAGAAAUGUUAGUCAAGAAAUGGCUGAAAUUAGCAUUGUUUAUGGGGAUGAAUCACUGCCUCGUCUGUACGAACACUCACAGAUUUCUUCAGAACAGUUACCUGGACAACCAGGGAUUGUCAAGAGAGCUGUGGCUCUUGGUCGCUUCCUUCAAAACCCAUUGGCCAUGAUUGCGACAUUAUGUGGGCCUGGGAGAGAGAUAUUAUCAUGGAAUCUUGGCUCCUUAGACCAUUUUCUCACUCCUGAUGAGAAGUUUGAAAUGGUUGAACAGGUGAUGGUGGAUGUCACCAACCAAGUGGGUGUUGACAUAAAUUUGGCUGCGAGCCAUAACUGGCUUUUUGCUCCUUUACAAUUUGUAUCUGGGCUUGGACCCAGGAAGGCUGGUUCUUUACAGAGGGCAUUAGUUCGAGCUGGAGUAGCUACCUCUCGAAUGUACUUGAUUGCUCAUGGACUUGGAACAAAAAAGGUGUUUGCAAAUGCAAUUGGUUUCUUACGUGUAAGGUGCAGUGGGUUGGCUGCUUCUAGUAGUGAUUUUGAUCUUUUGGAUGAUACUAGAAUUCAUCCAGAGUCAUAUCCUCUUGCUGAGGCUUUGGCUGGUGAAGUUCACACAAAAUAUGCUGAAACUGCAGAUUAUGAUGAGACACCUAUAGAAUAUGUUAAGAACAAUCCACAACUGCUAGAAAAUUUCAUAGUUCAUAACUAUGCAGAGGAUAACAACAAAGAUAAACGAGAGACUCUUUAUGACAUUAAAAUGGAGUUGCUUCAUGGAUUUUGUGAGUGGCGUAGUCCUUUUAAAGAAUUAAGUCAGGAUGAGGAGUUCUAUAUUUUGUCUGGAGAAAAUAGGGAUUCACUUGUUGAAGGAAAGAUAGUUCAAGUAACAGUUCGGCAUGUAAAAACUGAUCGAGCAAUAUGUGUUGUUGACUCUGGCUUGACAGGAAUACUGUACAAAAAUGAAUUUGCAGAUCAACUGGAUGAUGUUGAUUUAACAGACAAAUUACAAGCAGGUCAUGUGCUUGCCUGCAAGAUUAAACAGAUUCAGAAGAAUAGAUACCAGCUGAUAAUAACCUGCAAAGAAAGUGAGUUGAACAAUAGUCAAUGUCAAAGCUCAUGUGAUGUUGAUCCCUAUUACCGUGAACACCAGAUGCAUGCCUUAAGUCAGCUGGAGAAGUCCUGUAGAGCGGUGGUAGCAAAAAAGAAUUUUAUACCAAGGAUGAUAGUUCAUCCCCAUUUUCGGAAUAUGACUGCUGAUGAAGCAAAGGAGUUCCUUUCAGACAAGGAUGUUGGAGCAAGUGUUAUUUGUCCAAGCUCAAAAGGUCCAUCUUGUCUGAUUUUAACUCUGAAAAUUUAUGACGGAGUUUAUACUCAGAAAGAAAUAGUUGAAGAUAGGAAGGAUCAGAAGGCCAGUUUGCUUACCCUUGGAACAACACUGAGAAUUGAUAAGGACAGUUUUGAAGAUUUGGAUGAGGUCAUGGAUCGAUAUGUUGACCCUUUGGUAUCUCACUUGAAGGCUAUCCUUUGUUAUCGUAAAUUCAGGAAAGGCUCAAAAACUGAAAUUGAUGACCUCUUGAAGGUUGAGAAAUCAGAAAACCCAAUGAGGAUAGUUUAUUGCUUUGGUGUUUGUUAUAUCCAUCCUGGCACUUUUAUUUUGUCUUUUAUAAGAAAUACAAAUCCACAUCAUGAAUAUGUAGUGCUGCACCACAAGGGAUAUAUAUUUCGGAAACAUACGUUUCAUAACAUUGAUCGGCUUGUGGCAUAUUUCCAGAAACACAUUAAUGAUUUGCCUCCACAGUCUACUCAUUCAGCUUCUGCCAUCGUACCAAUGGUCGGCACUGCUUAUAGGAGUUGUUUAGGUGGGGUACCCAUGGGUGGCGGGAGGGAAAAGAAUGAGAUCAAUAGGGGAGGACAGUCAUGUCCAGAAAGAGAUACCUUGUCAGCUCCUGGUUCUCAAGGAAAAAAUGAUUUGAUGAGUGGUGGUAGUCAAGAUAGGCAUCCAAGUGGCUUGACUACUAAGCCACAUGUUGAACAAAGCCAUUGCAAUUAUAAUAGCAGGAGGGAAAGCAACACUAAUGGAGGGAAGGGUUCUGGAUAUGGUAGUACUUUUCAAUGGGGCUCAGAUUGCACAAAUGGGAGUGGGAUAGAAAAUGGGUGGAAAAAUUUUCCUGGUGCUAAAAUCCAGAAUUCCCCUGGAAGAGAAGCUUUCCCUGGUGGGUGGAACGACAAUCAGAUUAGUAGUACCAGUAAUGGGAAUUGGAGUGGUGGAGAUGAGAAUGUUACAAAAUGUAGUUGGGGGGUUAAGAACAUUGUUGGCAGGGAAGGUGAGAGUGCUACUGCUAAUGAUGCUUGGGCUGGUGGUGGUAAAAGUAGCAAUACCGUUGUUAAAGAUGGCAAACAGAAUGGCAACUGCUUAAAUAAGAACAGUGAUACCUCGGGAGGUCGUGACUGGGUAAGUGGGCAAAGGGGAAGUGGCAUUGAUAGUGGUGGCAAUUGGGGCAUAGUAAGUAAUGACAAUUGGGGUAGAGCUGGUGGUAAUGCUAAUGACAAAGAGAGUUGCAGUUGGGGGGAAUGGGGGGGUAGCAGAAGUGGUGGUAGUGGUACUAAAGAUGUUGGACCAAGGAAUGAAGAUUGGGGGGAUAAGAGCCAUGGUGGCCGGCUCAAUAUUGACUUGGGUAGUAAGGAAGGUGGGAGAGGCACUAUUACUAGUGGUAAUGGAUCCAGAGUAAGUAACAGUUGGGUUGAUGGUAGAGAUGGGGCUGCUACCAGUUUGAGCGGUUGGGCAGCCGGUGGUAAUAAUGAUUUCAAAAGGAGUGAUGAUUGGGGGGCAUGGGGAGACAGAAAAAGUGGUAAUAGUGGUGGUAACAAGGGUAAAGGGAAUGACAAUUGGGGCAAUAAGAAAAAUACUGGCUGGGAUGGUUGUGCUGGAGGUAGUAAGGAAAGUGGGAGUGACAAUGUUACUAGUGGUAAUGGAUGCAAAGUAAGUAACAGUUGGGUUGAUGGUAGAGAUGGGGCUGCUACUGGUUUGAGCAGCUGGGUAGCCGGUGGUAAUAAUGAUGUCAAAAAGAGUGAUGAUUGGGGGGCAUGGGGGGAUAGAAAAAGUGGUAAUAGUGGUGCUAACAAGGGUGAAGGCAAUGACAGUUGGGGCAAUAAGAAAAAUACUGGCUUGGAUGGUUUUGCUGGAGGUAGUAAGGAAAGUGGGAGUGACACUGUUACUAGUAGUGGUCAUGGAUGCAAAGUAAAUAAUAGUUGGGUUGAUGGUAGAGAUGGGGCUGCUACUAGUUUGAGAAGUUGGGCAGCCGGUGGAAAUAAUGAUGGCAAAAAGAAUGAUUAUGUUGGGGCAUGGGGAGAAAGCAAAAGUGGUAAUAGUGGUGCUAACAAGGGUAAAGGAAAUGACAAUUGGGGCAAUAAGAAAAAUACUGGCUGGGAUGGCUGUGCUGGAGGUAGCAAGGAAAGUGGGAAAGACACUGUUACUAGUGGUAAUGUGUGCACAGAAAGGAACAGUAGGGUUGAUAGUAGAGAUGGGGCUGCUACCAGUUUGAGAAGUUGGGCAUCCGGCAGUAAUAAUGAUGGCAAAAAGAGUGAUAAUUGGGGGUCAUGGGAAGAUAGGAAAAGUGGAAAUAGUGGUGUUAAAAAGGGUCAAGGGAAUGACAACUGGGGCAAUAAGAAAACUAAUGGCUGGGAGGGCUGUGAUAGGGGUAGUAGGCAAAGUGGUAGUGAUGUUGGUACUGUUAACAAUAGGGGUGGGGUAAGUAAUGCUGGUUGGGGGGACUGUAAAGUAGGUACUUAUACAAAUGUUGGUUGGCGAGCUAGUGGUGAAAAUGUAGGCAAAAAGGGUCUAGGGAAUGAAAAUUGGGGCAAUAAGAAAACAAUUGGGUGGGAGGGCUGUAGUAGGCAAAGUAAUAGUGAUGCCAGUGCUGGUAACAAUGCGGUUGGGGUAAGUAAUGCCAGUUGGGGCUGCAAAGGAGGUACUUCUACAAAAGUUGGUUGGGGAGCUGGUGGUGAAAAUGUUGGCAAAAAGGGUCAAGGAAAUGACAAUUGGAGCAAUAAGAAAACUACUGGCUGGGAUGGCUGUGAUCGGGGUAGUAGACAAAGUGGUAGUGAUGCUGGUACUGUUAACAUUGGGGGUGGGGUAAGUAAUGCUGGUUGGGGGAACUGCAAAGGAGGUGCUGCUACAAAUGGUGGUUGGGGAGCUGUUGGUGAAAAUGCUGGCAAAAAGAGUGGUGGUACGGGGGAGUGGGGAAAUAAGAACAAUGCUGGUAGAGGGGGUGGAAGGGCUUGGCAUUCAGCUACUGAACCUGGUUCAGAGGUUAAAAAUGCUAGUCGGGUUGAAGGGAGUGGCAAUCGGGGCAAUAAGAACAAUACCCGCUGGGAUGGGAGUGACAGCGGUAGUAGGCCAAGUGGUGGUGGCGCUCGUACUGGUGAUAAUGGGGGCGGAGUAAGAAGCGGUGGCUGGGGGAAUUCCAAAGGAGGUGCUGCUGCAAGUGGUGGUUGGGGAACUAGUGGUGCAAAACAUGGCCCAAAGAGUGGUGGUUGGGGCGAAUGGGGAAAGAAGAAGAGCAAUGAUUCAAAGGCUAAAAAUGCUGGAUGGGGUGCUAAUUCUGGAUGGAAGUAAAUAGUUUUGGGGUGGUGAAAUCAUGUGUACAGAGAGUUAACAGUACUGAGAUCCUCUUUAAUUGUUUUUGCCGUUUUCUUGGAUAGUGAGUAGUGAGUGAUAGUUUGAUGUCUUUUACGAAGAAACCUUAUAUUACUAAUGCUUUAAUGGAUAUAUCUCAGUUCUUAUAUUA